UUUCUCUUUAUAUUUAUGUCUUUUCUGUAAGCAAAAAUGACAAUUUUUUUAGUUAUAUUGUUGUGCGAAUGAACGAUAUGAAGAAUCUGAGUCAGAAAUGAUUAAUCAAAUUGAUCUCGAAUCGACUGCGCAUGAUCGAUGAGUUGAUAAAUGAUCGAUAUCGCGGAAUACUAAUCAAUAUUUUUGUCAUCCUUAAUCUCAUCAUAAUUUAGUAUAACAUUUAUUAUAACAUUUUUAAUGUUAAUUCAAUUUCUGUCGUUUUUCUGCCAAUUCUUUAUAUACAAUCGAUGCAGUCAGAAAGCGUAGUAUAUACUGUGUAUUUGACGUAAACUUGACUGAAAGAAUAUUUGCAAUUAUAGCUAGUCAAUUAACAUAUAUAAGAACAAAAUGAGGUUGACAAAAAUAUCAGAUAUUAUUAUUCGACAUCGAUCAUUUAAGUAUGACUAAUUAUUUUACGCUGCAGAGAUUCUAAGAAAAUUUUUGUCAUUACAAUACGAUUUGUUUAUAUCAUGUUAAAUUUAAUAUUGAUAUAUAAUUGCGACGUUUCGAUUUAAUUCAAUGUUCAGGUAUCCCCCUAAUCUUAUAUUCAUGCGGUUGACGCGUGCAUAUAUAUAUAUUCAUUAUUCAUACAGCAGGAAACGAAUUAUUUAUGCAAAUCGUUUAUCAAAUUUCAAAGCGAUAAUUUAACGAUAUGAUAUCAAACGUAUCUGCAAUUCCCCGCGUUUUGUACGAAAAAUAAAAAAUCAUUACGAUACGUACAAUAUUUCAAUUGACGCCAAGAGCAUAUAUAUUGUUCACAAUUCGCAUCGGUUGUUCCGAACGCGAAAGAAUUGCAAUAGGUCUACACGUGUCUAGCUUUUACGCAACUUCAUGUAACUUUUUUCGAAUUAAUUUCACCGAUACAAGGUCUUAUACCGUCCAAAUCGGCCGUUUCUCUCGAGCCGAUUCGAUGUUUUUACAAACGUUAGUACAAUUACACGCGCCACAUCGCCGCAUGCGUCGUCGGCCGUCGCGAGGUACAAUAUCAGUAGUAGUGGUCGGCCAGUAGUGGGUUCGCUGCCGAGCCGAGUGGUUGUAGAGAAUUGAUUUCUCUCGUGUUCUCGCACAACCUGAAUCUUCCUCGUUCGCGAUCUCCCGUUCCCGAUCUCACGUUCGCAGUCGUUUCCCUCUGACUCGCAGUACAAGGCGACUUUUGACUCUCAACUUACGCUUUCCGCUUUCAGCUGAUCCGACAGUACGUCCGACGCGGUGUCAGCACUCGUCGUAUCGUUAACGCUGCAAAAGAUCUUCUAACAACUAUGCCGUGCCCGUUCUUGACCCGUUUGCCUGCAAACUACGUUCGCAAUUAUGGCUCAUCCCUGAUAACAAAUUACCGGCAGCACUGCCCAGUAAUGUCAAGAUUGUUCAGUACGAUGCCAGAGUCGGAGGAGUCACAGCCGAUUCCCGAGCCUAUACAAAAUCAAUGUCCCUUCUUGUCCCGAGAACGGGACGCCGUCAAGAAAGCCAGUCCAGCAAUGGAGGAAGACGUUAUCAAUCUAGGAGGUGCUACGGAGCGGAAGGAGGAGUUCCCUUACGACGAAUUCUUCCACGAGCAAAUUAUGCGAAAGAAGAAGGAUCAUUCGUACCGAGUGUUCAAGAAGGUCAAUCGUCUGGCCGAAGAGUUUCCGGUGGCUAUGGAAUACUCAUGGGGCGAGAAACCCAUAACUGUAUGGUGUUCCAACGAUUAUCUGGGAAUGUCGCGUCAUCCCGCGGUGAUCGGCGCAGUCCGAGAAGCGCUGGACAAGUUCGGCGCUGGUGCCGGAGGCACGAGAAAUAUCUCUGGAAACUCCAUGGGUCAUGAGAUGUUGGAGAAGCGACUGGCGCUGCUGCAUCAGAAGGAGGCCGGUUUGCUCUUCACCUCCUGCUUCGUCGCGAACGACUCUACCUUGUUUACACUGGCGAAAAUUCUGCCGGGUUGCCACGUGUUCUCCGACGCUGGGAAUCAUGCCUCUAUGAUACAGGGUAUAAGAAACAGCGGCGUGCCGAAGCAUAUAUUCCGGCACAACGACGUGGAGCAUCUGGAGGAGCUCCUGUCGAAGGUGGACAAAAGCGUGCCGAAGAUCGUGGCAUUCGAGACGGUGCACUCUAUGACCGGUGACAUCUGCCCGCUGGAGGAAUUGUGUGACGUCGCACACAAGUACGGCGCGAUAACGUUCGUCGACGAGGUCCACGCGGUCGGCCUGUACGGCUUCUCCGGUGCCGGGAUCGGGGAAAGAGACUGGGUGCUUCAUAAAAUGGAUAUAAUAUCCGGAACCCUGGGCAAGGCCUUUGGCAACGUGGGCGGCUAUAUCGUCGGUUCCGCGAAGCUGAUAGAUAUGAUAAGGAGUUACGCGGCCGGUUUUAUUUUUACUACUUCACUACCGCCCACCGUGCUAUAUGGAGCCUUGACAUCCGUCGAAAUUUUGGCAUCGGACGAAGGCAGGUCGUUGAGGACGAAUCACCAGAAAAAUGUGGCCUAUAUGAAGUCUAUUCUUACUGCCGCCGGUCUUCCAAUAGAACCGUCAUCUUCUCACAUCAUUCCGGUAAAGAUAGGAGAUCCAUUGGUGUGUAGUCAGAUAGCGGACCAUUUAUUAAGAGACAAGGGACACUAUGUGCAAGCUAUAAAUUAUCCUACGGUUCCAAAGGGCGAAGAGAAAUUAAGAUUAGCCCCAACACCGAAACACACUCAGGCCAUGAUGGAUAAAUUCAUGCGAGACACGCUGGAUGUUUUUCAUCAACUGAAUAUAACCACUAAACCAAACGAUGCACCACGUGCCAUUCUGGUUCAUUGACGAAUGUACAUAAUAUAAAUGAUUAUCGUACAAACAAAAACCCAUUACACAGUGUUAGAUAUAUUCUAUAUUUAUUUAUCUAGCCUGUUUAUCCAUUGUGUUCUAACAACCUUUUGAAUUAUCAGUACAUAAAUCUUGCUAUAUUAUUAAAGUUAAUAAUUAACAGAGGUUUAAAUAAAGUGUUGAUCGAUGAAAA